GGAAGAAGGAAGUCAUUAGCCAAUGGGCAUUGGCACAACUGGCAGGAGCAAUCUAAACCCUUUCUAAAAGAAACACGUAACUCCAGAAAUGUAUACGGACAUUAGGCGUAUUUGCAAAGCACUGUAAAGCUAUUUCCAUAUGGAAUAUAAACUCGGAAUACAAUUACGUAUCCUAUUGUUUGGAGAUCGGCUUUAGAUUCACUGGUGUCGGGAAAUGACGGAGGCUGGUGAGUGUUUAUUUAGGCUACGUCUUUGACCACUAUAAAUUUACGACUACUUCUAUUCUGAAUGUUUUCCACUUAUUUAACUUUUAAUCAAUAUCUAACUCUUACAUUAAUUCAAUAAUACUAGUAUUCGUAGCCCAAAAAGCAGCACAAAGCGUUUUUUCCCCCGCAUGCAGGUCAUCAAAUUCAGAAUACAGUUUGACUGAUGAGGGUCCUUGAUAUCUGGGACAAAGCUUCGUUAUCACAUCGCCAGUUUAUCCAACAGUACGUACGUUAGUCCUAUUUCAUGUGUUCGGCCUGGUGUGAGAGAUGUAUUAUGUUUAUAAUUGAUGGGAUGACUAACUUAGAAAGAAUGCAUUCUUGACUGGGCUAAUGUAGGCUGUGACACCUGGCAAGCUGUGAUUGAUGUGAAGAGCUGUUUUAGGGGUGUAAAGGGAGAUAGGAUUUGUGUCUCCAAUGCUAGACUAUACUGGUUCUUUGUGAUCUGUGGACCUUCCUUGGACGUAGGAAUGGUGUCUAAGGGAGCUGGCUCUUCUCACUAUGACAGGUUGUUAUGAUAUGGACAUAUGCCUGUAACAGAGAUGCAUCAACGGAUUGACUGAGUAAGUCUAAACCACGCUCAAGUCUCUACUCUAAUUGGUCAGCAGAGAGGUGGGAAACUCCCUCUGUCAGAGUAUUGAGCAAGAACCCAGAACAAUGGGUUAGUUCUCUGGGGUGCCCUGCGAGGUAUUCAGAGAGCCCGUAUAUACGAAACAUCAUAUUUACCAUUGAAGGUUUUUGCAUUAAUUAAAUAACUAGUAUAUCUUAGAAGUCGUGUUGACCUCUUUUGUUCCUAAUACCAGAUUUGAAUUGACGCAACUUUGACAAUUGGUGACACUCCGACGUGAUCUGGUAGAAGGACUACGCUGGGUAAUGUCCGGCCCAUUUGGUCACCUCUUUCAUCGAACCGUGUGUUUCACAAAGUGCCCGGGCUCUAAAAAGGUAAGCAGAUACCUAUGUUAAAUAACUAAACUUCUGCACAUUGGCUUUUUCAAAUUAAUUUUGUUGAAACACCUGUCUGAGUAAGUGAACUAAAUUAUGAAACUAUUAUGAGUAGAUAAGCACAAUUUGGGACAUGCAAACCUGUGAUAAAUGUGAUGUUAAACCAUGGUACCACAGGAGUAUUGGUUCUACCGGCAAGGUCCGUGAGAUACGGCUAGGUUCAGGAGACAAUACUGACAUCUACCGGCAAGGUCCGUAAUUGCGACAAUACGGCUAAGGUUCGGAGAUAUAGGGAAUUAUUGAUUAAGUAAUUGCUAUCGGCAAGGUUCGUACUAUGACAGUACGACUAAGGUUUGAAGAAUUACACCGGCAAGGUCCGUAACUACGAGGAUACGGCUAAGGUUCGGGAAAUUUUAGAUAUAGGGAAUAAUUGAUUUAAGUAAUUGCUAUCGGCAAGGUUCGUAACUACGACAGUAUGACUAAGGUUCGAAGAAUUACACGGCAGGUCCAUAACUUUAAGGAUAUGGCUGGGUUCGGCAAAUUUUGAUAAUACUGGUGACUGGCAAGGUCCGUAACUAAGGGUUGCGGCUAGGUUCAGCACAGUGUUUUGAAUAAAAUAGACGCGGCUGUGUGCCCAAAUAGAUUGUGUGUGGAGUGUAGGUGUGUCAUUUAUGACUGUGUGACAUAUUUGACUGUGUGAUGGGUUAUGACUGUAUAUUUGAGUGAGUGCGAUAAGUGUGUACUAUUUUUACUGUGUGAUAACUGUAUACUACUUAACUGUUGUACCAUUUUUGGCUGUGAAUACAAAGAUAUUUUAAAACAGUAAAUAAUGAGAACUACAAUUAGGAAAUAAAGUUUAAAGUGUGCAAACGUUAACAAAAGACACCCAUAGGAGGUACUAUAAAAAGUUAGACAGUGGCGAGGUGUUGUCGUAUGCAUGAAAGUGUGAAUGAUAAACCUGUAUACCUUGAUAGAAACACAAUUGGGAAUCAAAAGACGUUUGUGGCUGUUCAAACGGUAUAAUUUGGGAAUAAAUGUUGGAUUUGUGGUUACUCAAACCAUAUAACCCGUCAGUGACAAUCGAAAACAUGAAAUGAAAAGUGAUGAAUGAGUGUGACUGAACUAAAACGUUUGAACUGAUAUAUUUGAAAUAUAACAUUUGAUGUUUGACAUAGCGUAAUACUGGUUUUAAAUAAGUAAAUUGAAGUGAUAUGGUGUGGCGUUUGAUUUGAUGUAACAAACCAUUGGUUAAUUAAUUAAAACACUUGGGUUAUUCGUUCAAUAUACCCAUUUGAUGUGUGGCACUGUAAGGAUACUGCUUUCAAAUAAUUAAGGCUGAAAUAAACGUGCACCAACUUAACUAAUUAGGUGGGAAUUAUUUGAUUUAAAUAAUAGACUGAAGUACUUUGAAUAACGGCAGAAUAUUGGGAAACGCGCUAAAACGAGAAAACAGCUCCUCACAAGCUCCUCAAAAGCCUGUUCCCCCUGAACAGGAAAGAAGUAGAGUUGCGAGGGGAGGGGCUGGAGAGAGCGAAAGUGUGGCUUUUGGAGCCGGAGGAAAGACUGGGAGUUGGCUUGGAACGCAUGUGGGUAUCUGACGAGAGAAUGUUACUAAACUUGCUCACCCGAACGCUAGACGUGCGUCAUGGGUGAGAGAGUAGAGAAUGUUACAUUUGCAUUUUGGUAAUUUGGCAGACGCUCUUGUACUAGAGCGAUUUAUGGGAGCAAUUGGGGUUGAGUACCUUGCUCGAGGGCACAUCGGCAGAUUUUUCGCCUGGUCGGCUCGGGGAUUGGAACCGGCGACCUCUCGGUUUGUUGGCGCGGCGCUAUAGAUCACUAGGCUGCCUGCCGCCCCAUAUGAGUUUAAGGUUGUGGCGUUGUUGGAUUAUGUGAUGGUGGAAUAAACUAAGUAAUGUUGUUUUAGACGUAAUGUAUAAUACAGUACAAAGCAAAUAGAGGGUUUAAAUUGAACUAAUUAUCAUGGUGAGAGCUAACGGUAGUACAGUGAGGGAACUUCAUUUUUGUGUCAGAGGGUAAAUGAGGAAUCAGUAAUAAUGCUAUUGGUGGAAAUCUAUUUAUCAUUUCAAGGCAUGGAGUAACAAUCUGCAUUUAUGAGUGUAAAUUCCACAGCUGAUUGUGUUGAUUGAAUGGUACGAUGGAGUAGUUGGUUUUGGUAAUGUUGAAUGGACUAUUUGUAGCGUACUUUGGGGUUAAAUAGAAAAAACUCACGUAUUCAAUAGGGAAUGGGUAAGAGAGAGAGAGUUUUAUACGUGUAUUAAAAGUUGCAUAAGAUAGCUUUAGUGGUAUUCUAGAUGGAUCUAUGAAAUAUGUUACAAGUACGAAUGACAUUAUUUCCUAAGAAGGAAGAUUGUAGGGACAUUUCCCGCGCCUCCCCCAUAAUGUAGGAAGGAGCAGGAGAGGGGAAAGGAGAUGGUAAGAGACAGGACAUAGUUCAGAUGGUAGGAAUGUCAUUAAGCGUAUGCUGAUAAACGAUAGCAAGUAUUUGUUUUAUUAAAUUAGGGCAUAAUCAGAGAGAACAGUUUAAAGAAAUUGAAUAGCGAACUGAAAUGGGUUAGCGGGGAAAAUACAAAAUAGUUGGACAAUUUUAGAACGAUUAAUUUAUUUUGGUUAGGAUGCAAGUAUGCAUUGGCUGUUGUGCUAGGGGAAAUAGCGCCAGCCUGUGGUGGGUUCUGGAUUGGUGAAACAGUGGGGACAGGAACAAUAGAAGGGGAGACAGAUUUUCCUAGAGGGUGAACAAAUAAUGAUAAUGGAUCAUUUGAGAUGAGAUCAUAUUAGCAGAGUUGGGUAAUCAAUUAAAAUAAUUCAUUGUAUACUCGAGGAAUUUUGAGUGGUUUUGUGGAUUAGCUUAUGAGCAAUUAGAUUGAUACAAACAAUUAUUGAUUGGUUAAAGACUGGGGAUAUCUGUAUCAUAUUUUGUGUUGUACUACCAUCUUUAGAUUAUAACUAGGAGAAAGAGAUUUAGCUCAUCUCAGUUAGGCAGUAUUUAGGUCAUAAGAUGGGAGCUACCAAAUUAAGUUGAGCCUAACUAUAUCUGAUUGUUAUUUUUCAUUGGGUUUUUCAAAUAAAAAAAUAAAAAAAACACACCCAGCAUGAUGUUUAUAAAGGGUUGUUAUGUUGAAUUUAGGGGGAUUUUCAACAGAUCAUGGGUGGUGUUUACUAUGCUGUAGGAUGGAACGGUUUGUUGGGGAUAUUUGAACCUAAAUUAAGGAAUAAGCUGCAGUAAUCAGAGGAAUGGUUAUCACUAGGUAAAUGGAUAAAAACAGGGGAAAAACAUUACUGACUGGCAGAAUACACAAAUGGGGAUCAGUAUGGCCACUCCACUGGGAGAUAUAGAAGAAAAAGUUGAAUUGGAGAGCAAAAAACCCAGCCCAGGGUCCCACCUGGAGAUAAGUUUUAACGGAUGACAGGAAGAGAUUUUCUUAACUCAGGAACAGGAGACUGAGUUAGCAGCAAUUCCGUUCAAAUUAUGGUCACAAGGACAACAGAUGUAGGACUAAUUAAGGGGGUAGCUCCAGUACAAGUGAUUCCUCGAUCCGAUAAUAGACCAUACCAAAAGCAAUAUACUAUGAAACCAGAAGCCAAUAAAAGGGAUAACACCUACAUUUGAGCAUUUACUUAAGGGAGGGGUGAUAAUUCCUGGAGAUGAGGCACAAUGCAACUCUCCAGUAUUUCCUGUUAAAAAGGCGGCACCUAGCGCCGACUGGAGGAUGGUCAUGGACUUGCAGGGGUUAAUAGAAAUAUAAUUCCCCAGAGUUCCAUGUGUACCAGAUCCACAUACAUUGCUGAACCAAUUGAAACCAGAGAACUCCUAUUUUACAGUGAUGAUUAGCUAAUGCUUUCUUUAGUAUCCCAGUUCAUCCGGAUAGUCAGGGGUGGUUUGGCUUUACUUUUCAGGGAAGGAAAUGGACUUACGCUAGGAUGCCUCAAGGCUACUCGGAAAGUCUUACAAUCUUUGUCCAGGCUAUAACUAGGAAUUUGGGAAAGUUUGAACCUAGGGAAGGACGCCAAAUGUUAGUUUAUGUUGAUGAUAUUCCAUUGGCUAAUCCCACUCAGGAGGGAUGUAAGAAGGAUACAAUCCAAUUGUUAACCUUCCUGGCAGAACAGGGACACAAAGUGAGCAAAAAGAAACUUCAACUUUGGCAGAGCGAGGUCAUUUACCUAGGACACACUAUAACACAGGAGGGGCGAAUGUUAAACUCAUCCAGGAAAACUGCUAUAUUUGAAGCGCCAAAACCGUUAAAACAAAAAACAAAUGAUGAGCUUUUUGGUAAUGAUAAACUGCUGUAAAACUUGGGUACUCCAUUAUGUACUGCAUACAGGUAAAUUAAGUGAUCUUAUCUAUGGGAAGGCAAUGGCAGCCCAUGGUAAAAUCAUUUGGAACUCUGAGGAGGAAGAACAGUUUAUGUUGUUGCUCUCUUCCCAAACAGUCUUAGCUUUUCAUACAUAUAUCAGGGAUGUUAUCUAAAUGGUAGAGAGUAAAGAGGGAUAUGACAUUGGUCGUGAUUUAAAGAUGAUGAGGUUUUUUGGUGGGCUACUAGAUAUAACUGGGUUAAUCAUGAACAUAGAGAUUUUUAUUCUUUGUUGCUAGACAGAAGACUUAGGUGACCUAGAAAUAGACUUGUCAUGUCCAACAAUCAGUCUUCAGGUCAAGCCCGGGAGAGCCUGGGUAGAACAGAGUUUGAACUAAACAUAAGUGUUUUUACAAGAUAGAGAUUGAUUGAUUGGAUUACUAAAUGAUUCUGAACUGAAUAAAAGUCGAAUUUAGCUGCCAUAAAAGACAAAGGAAGUGGGAGGAGCAAUAAAGAAGCAAUUGACAAUCUCAAAAAUGAAAGGCAUGGCAAUGGAUGAUAAAUUACCUAAGGGAUGGUUUAGAAAGGUGGUAAUAUUGACACAUGGGCAAAUCAUGUGUCAAAAAGGGGGAGUGAUAGGAUUAAAUAAUAAUGAUAGGAUUAAAUAAAAUAAAACUUUUUUUUUAAAAAACAAUAGAAAUUGAGAGCUCAACAUGUAUGUGUGAAGAUAGUUUAUUAACCACACCUGUAUGUCAGAGGUUUUGUGACCCACAGGUGAACUAAAGGAGAAGGUGACCCACUCUAUCUCACCAGGAGACUGGGUGUGGGUCCAGUCCCUAAAAGAAGAAAAACUGGAAGCAGGCCUGUUGGGAAGGGCCCUAUCAAGUCCUAUUAGAUCCUGGGUGCAUGUCACACACUGAAAAAAGGUAAACCCAGUUACACACCUGAUGAACAAACACAGAGUUAGGAGAAAGAACCGAUCACCAUUAGGGCUCGGGGGUUGGCUCCUUAACGAAGAUCCCCUUACCCCUGUCUGAUCAUCCCUGUGUGAGUUCGGUAGAAGGUGAAGUAAUGGGUUGGCGUCUGACAUGUUCUCAGGGCGAGGGUGGGGAUUCACAGGUCUGUCUGAUUGUGGGGGCCAUAUUCCUAACACACUCAAACCCUUCUGAUCAGCCCAAAAGUAGUAGUUAACCUAACACAAGUUGAUAAAAUAAUACCUGAGCACAGUCUACGAAGGCAUAGGAGACAGCUAGACGUAGGGAAAGGGGACGUACUAGGGACUUUAGGGGAGGAUAUCACCAUAUGUAUGUCACAAUGUACAUCCUGGGAUUAUGUAGUUGCUCAUACCGAGCGUGGGGGAUAUGUAAAUCUCCAUACACAGUUUAGGGACAGGUGUAGUAUUGUAAAAGUAGGGAAUUACCAGAAAUGGCAGUGCGACCCAUUGAAGGGUAGGUACUGUCUGAAAGUCUGAAGUACGCAAAAACAGGUUUAUCCUCCAUGCAAGCCACCUGGGAAUGUGGUGAAAGAGUCUUGUAGUAACUUGAACUAUCUGUAUCCCCCGAUAACAAAGUCAUUCCGACCUAGGUUGCCUACGUUUGAAGUCUCAGGGGAUUCUAAUUGUUUUUCUAGGACUAGUAAGAUAGGAUACAGAGUAGGGCAUCUUAGCUCCUGCUCCUACACAGAGAAUGUCACAACUAAAAGAGACCAUGACUAAUCUCUCCUCUUUGUUGCAGCCAGAGGAUUUUAGGAUCCAAAACCAGGCCCGUGCUGACAUCUGAUGGUUGUGUGGUGAUAACUGAUUGUGAAUUCACCUACAUACGCAAAUAAUCAAACGUGUCAGAGACUGGUGAGUUGUCACAUAGAAAGUAGGACCUCCUCCCGGGAUCCUUUGAUGAAAGGAUCCUUUGAUGGGAUAGGAGUACCUCUAGGGGUACCAGAAGAAUUCAAAGCUAGGAAUCAGAUCGCAGUUGAGUUUGAAUCAAGUCUUUUUUGGUGGUCAACAAUUAAUAAAAACGUAGAUUGGAUGAAUUAUAUUUACUAUAACCAGCAAAGAUUUAUAAAACCACACUCGUGAUGCAAUAAAGGGAUUAGCUGAGCAGACAGCGGCAACUAGCUUAAUGACAUGGCAGAAUAGAAUAGCUUUAGAUAUGCUUUUGGCUGAGCGGGGCGGAGUUUUGUGUUCUGUUUGGAUAUAUGUGCUGUAUUUUCAUCCUCAAACAACAUAGCACCGGACGGGUCAGUGACAAAAGAGCUUCAGGGGAGUAACUACGCUGACGAACGAACUGGCUGAGAACUCUGGUAUUGAUAGCACCAUAAACGGUUGGUUUGAUAACAUAUUUGAUAAAUGGAAAACUAUUGUUAUAACUAUUCUGGGUGAAGUUAUAGCUUCUAUGGGUAUACUUGUUCUUUGUGGAUGUUGUCUUAUUUCCUGUGUCUGAGGUUUGGUGAGAAAAGGAGAUGGGGAAGGUGGUUUCCCAACAGAUGGUGAGAUACGGCCAAAUCCUGGACUCCAACCUAGGAAUGAAGGAUAUGACCUACCAGGCUUGGUGGAGUGACACUAGAGGGUGUCUAAAGGGGGCCAAAAUGUACUUCCCUGUUGGUGUUUUAUGUUUUAAUAAUCUUAUGUUUUGUGUUCUAUUAAUCCUGUGUUUUAUGCUUUAUUAAUCAAGUUAACCAUGUGAAUGUUUGUCUUUCCUUGUGUGAUGGUUUGAAGUUCUUUGAUGACUGGUAACAAUUUGCAAGUUGGGUGUAGAUGGACUGAGGGUUUUAAUUUUUUAGUAUCAUUAUGGCCUAUUAAUAAAAGUGUGAUUAUUUUUGUUUGUAUUGUAUUUUAAUGAGUGACACCCUAGAGGGUGUCAAAGGGGGGAUUGUGAGAGAUUUAUUAUGUUUAUAAUUGAUGGGAUGACUAACUUAGAAAGAAUGCAUUCUUGACUGGGCUAAUGUAGGCUGUGACACCUGGCAAGCUGUGAUUGAUGUGAAGAGCUGUUUUAGGGGGUAAAGGGAGAUAGGGAUUUGUGUCUCCAAAUGCUAGACUAUACUGGUUCUUUGUGAUCUGUGGACCUUCCUUGGACUUAGGAAUGGUGUCUAAGGGAGCUGGCUCUUCUCACUAUGACAGGUUGUUAUGAUAUGGACAUAUGCCUGGUAACAGAGAUGCAUCAACGGAUUGACUGAGUAAGUCUAAAACCACGCUCAAGUCUCUACUCUAAUUGGUCAGCAGAGAGAUGUGAAACUCCCUCUGUCAGAGUAUUUGAGCAAGAACCCAGAACAAUGGGUUAGUUCUCUGGGGUGCCCUGAGAGGUAUUUCAGAGAGCCCGUAUAUACGAAACAUCAUAUUUACCAUUGAAGGUUUUUGCAUUAAUUAAAAUAACUAGUAUAUCUUAGAAGUCGUGUUGACCUCUUUUGUUCCUAAUACCAGAUUUGAAUUGACGCAACUUUGACACUGGGUGUGUUUGCAGUCUCUGUAAAUCAUUACACUGUGUGUGUGUUCUGCACCCAUACAUUGGAAACACCUAUUUUCUAUAAGGCUUUGUUUGCAACAGUAUGUGUAACACACCUUAUUUUAUUCCUAGAUAUGCCUACUCCAAACCGGUCAUCCUUAAAGGUUUCUCAUACAAUACGGUACGUGUGAAUCAAAAAAGCAAUUUAAAAAAUUUACUCGUCACAGACUUUAAUAUCAGUCUAGCAAUGGGCUCUGGUGAACGUAAUUGUUUUGUUUUCAGAAAUUCCAGUUCUUGUGCUCCAAGUCCAGCCUGCUCCAGGAGUAUGGAGAGAGGAUGGUGAGGCUCAGCACUGCCAACACCUACUCUUACAGGAAAGGUACACACACAGCUGUAGUUAUUCUAGAAGGUAUUCAGUGUUCUCUAUUUGUAGUACAUUACUUUACCUCUUCAUUAUCAUUUAGUGGAUGUCCGGUUUGAGGAGUUUGUGGACUUGCUGCUGAGGCCUCAGUCUUUAGACACACUGGGCAGUGGUGAGUUUGGUGUCUGGAACACCUCAUGGUCAUUGUACAGUACAUGAGCUCAACAGGCAAACCAUGAUCUGUAACAUAAUACAACAUGCUAUGUGAUCAUGCUGAAAAGUCAAAGCAUUAACAGAAACAAAUUUCACACACAGCCAGACAUCCUGUAUCUCACCCGGUCUCUCUUUGACAGACACUCUGUAUUUCUUCGGGGACAACAACUUCACUGAGUGGCGCUCUCUGUUUGAGAACUACAAGGCACCACGCUACAUGCUGCCUCACACCACGGGGGCAUACAGCUUCGGUAUCGCAGGUCAGUGGAUCUGUGGACCUGUAUGGCUCAGUUAGUAGAGCUUCCCACAGUUGUGUCAAGUUGGCUGGAUGUCCUUUGGGUGGUGGACCAUUCUUGAUACACACCGGAAACGGUUGAGUGUGAAAAACCCAGCAGCGUUACAGUUCUUGACACAAACCGGUGCGCCUGGCACCUACUACCAUACCCCGUUCAAAAGGACUUCAAUAUUUUGUCUUGCCUAUUCACCCUCUGAAUGGCACACAUACACAAUCCAUGUCUCAAGGUGAAAAAAAAUCAUUAUUUAACCUGUGUCCUCCCCUUCAUCUACACUGAUUUAAGUGGAUUUAACAAGUGACAUCAAUAAGGGAUCAUAGCUUUCACCUGGUCAGUUUGUCAUGGAAAGAGCUGCAUGUUUUGUAAACUCUGUGUAAUAUUAUUAUUCAUAUAUUCUGGAUUACACUAUACCAGGGUCAAGGGUUGGAUAUCAGAAUCAUGAUGUACAGCUGCAGUGGUGUUCAAGGUAGAUUAAAAUAUGACGUUACCAUCAGUAGCGGGGCGACUUGUACAGGACCCAAAGUACGAAGCAAGAGGCUAAACUCAGAUGCAUUUACUGCCACAUGCAGCUAUCAGGUUGCCAGAGAGCUGAACAAACCCCCAUGCACACUGGUGUGUCUGUGUGAAGAGAAAGGAGGACAUUUAAUAGUGUGUGAUACAUACAGCCAGUUACUGUGAUGAAGAACAGGCUGUCAUCCUCUGUUAAAGCUUACCUCCUGUACCUUCUAUCCACCCACCCAACCAGGCCCAGGAACAGGUGUACCCUUCCAUUGGCAUGGACCUGGCUACUCUGAGGUCAUCUAUGGCAGGAAGGUAAACAACACAUGAACUGCCUAUCAAAUCAUGGUCCACCCUAAUGCUUGAUCAUGUCUCCUAAGAAUAUCUCACAAUCAAGUCAAGUCAGAUGUAUUUAAAGUGCAUUUCACAUGGGUCACAACACACUUUACAUCAAUAAAACAACAAUAGAACCUUGAAGAAGGGGGAAUAAUGGUGAAGAGGGGAAACGACCAACAAAAUGAAUGCAUUGAAUAUACAACUGUCCCAGUGUCUAUAAUGACACCUGAUUCAUGUUUAAACAUGGGUCCAGCACCAGUAGGUAGGCUGGUGUAAGCCUGAAUCCAGGAUCAGCCUGGCUGGCUGUUAGCCUUAACACGCUACACUACCUUAUUGUAAUUGAUGCUGUAAGCCUUAAUGCGCUACACAACCUUGUUGUAAUUGAUGCACGCCUGUUAAACACAACAGUAUGAGAUAGCGUUUUUUUCUCCAACCCCCACAGCGCUGGUUCCUGUACCCCCCGGAGAAGGCGCCCCAUUUCCACCCCAACUACACCACCCUAUCCUGGGUCAAAGACACAUACCCUUACCUGCCUGAGGAGGAGAAGCCCACAGAGUGCACCAUCCGUCCAGGAGAGGUCAGAAAACACAUUUAAAACAACCAUGAGGGUCACUACGUUUUGAGGUAAACAUGACUUUUGAGCCAUUGUUUUCACUGAAUUGGGAUGAUAGGCUGCGUUCAGAUUUGUCUUUUUGCCUUACCACGGCAACAGCAGGAAGAGGAUAAUAACUAGUAUUAAUAACUUGUCAUUCUGAUGUCACUGGCUUUUUGUGUUGUUGCUGAUAGGUGCUGUAUUUCCCUGACCGCUGGUGGCAUGCCACGCUCAAUUUGGACACCAGUGUCUUCAUCUCCACCUUCCUGGGCUGACCCCUGAUCCUGCAACAGACUAGAAGGUCAUAAGGGUCAUUGCCCAUGGACAAAAGCCGUGUUAGAAUACUUUCAACAUGCAUCAUUCCUUUUUCCCUCUGUGAGGUAAUCAGAUUUUUUGCACAUCCAGUC